AUGAUCUACCGGAGGCUCGCUACAUCGUGUGUUCAUCGCGGAUACAGUUCUAAAGCUGGGAAAAUUGUAUUUGAUCCUGAAACUUUGGCAACGUUUGCCGCCAGACUGAAAUCUCUACCGCCGACUCCAAGAUGGCAUUUGAAGACUGACACGCCACGAGAAGCUGCCAUCUUGAUGCCUCUUUGCACCGUGAAAGACAUCCCAUCUGUACUUUUCCAAGUUAGGCAACGCAAGAUGAGAAAACACGGCGGUGAAGUAGCAUUUCCAGGAGGAAGUAAAGACGCAACUGACGUAUCGUUAGAGGACACAGCAUUAAGAGAAACAAUGGAAGAGAUCAGUCUGCCCUCGUCUAGCAUUCAAGUGCUUGGAACAUUUCAAACGGUGCCUGAUAGGACACAAACGAUAAUGGUGACGCCAUUUCUAGGAUACUGUGGAGAGUUGGAUCCACAGACAAUGACUUUCAACUCUGAUGAAGUAUCAGAAGUCUUUGCUGUACCACUAGAUUUCUUCUUGGAUUCCAAUAAUCGUGGCAUACAGCAGUUUCGAGGAAUGGGGCCUGCUGCCCGUUGGAUGUACCAAGAAAAGUAUGACAUAUGGGGACUUACGUCCUAUGUGCUGCACAACAUGCUUAGACUCGUUAUUGCGCCUGACACAUACCCAACACUGUAA